UUCCUCCUGACCCUGGCAAGAAUUCAGUACGGAGCAUGGGAUUAGUCUGCUGGGAGUUUGGGAAUCAAGAUGCAGAGCCAUCACACAGAGCACCUCUACAAGAUCCUAGUGAUUGGUGACUUGGGAGUUGGCAAGACGAGUAUCAUCAAACGCUAUGUCCACCAGAACUUCUCCCCGCAUUACCGUGCCACCAUCGGCGUGGAUUUCGCCCUGAAGGUCCUAAGCUGGGACUCAGACACCGUCGUGCGACUACAGCUAUGGGACAUCGCUGGUCAAGAACGGUUUGGAAACAUGACUCGAGUCUACUAUCGAGAAGCAGUAGGAGCCUUCAUUGUCUUUGACGUAACAAGGCCAGCAACAUUUGAGGCUGUGACCAAAUGGAAAGAGGAUUUAGACUCAAAAUUGACUCUCUCUAAUGGCGUGCCAGUAUCCACAGUACUUCUAGCCAACAAGUGUGACCAGGGAAAAGACGGCUUCAUAAACAACCUCACCAAAAUGGACCAGUUCUGCAGGGAGCAUGGCUUUGUUGGCUGGUUUGAGACAUCAGCAAAGGAAAAUAUAAACAUUGAUGAAGCCUCCAGGUGCCUCGUGAAACACAUUAUUGCCAGUGAGACUGAUUUACUGCAGUCUGUGGAGCCAGAUGUUGUAAAACCCCAGAUGAAUUCUUCCAAAAUACCUAGCUGUUCUGCUUGCCUUAAGUUCUAAUUUUCUAUAUAUUUUUUUUUCUUCUUCUUUGGAACUGUUGUUAAAUAAAAUCCAAUAAAGUGUUAUGGUUGCAGUAA